AUGAGACUCAAUCACAUGACUCGCUUCAUCGCGCACUGACUCUCUCGCUGUGAGUUUGUACGGCUGUUAUUGUUGAAGAUGGCGGAGGAAAGAGAACCUCCACCGCUGCAUGAUGCUGCACAGACGGACUUUACAGAGCUGGAGGACGGUGAGGAUCUGUUCGUCAGUACCGUGAGCGUGAUCGAGUCCAGCUCAACAUCUCCAGAAGCAUCAAACCUUCCAGCAGAAGACAUGAACAUCGGCUCGAAUGGCCCCAAACAUGAGGAGAUGUUUUUAGAUGAUGAUGAUGAUGAUCAGGACGACCUUUUUGCUGAAGCCACGGAAGAGGUUUCAUUGGACAGUCCAGAGCGUCAGCCGAUCCUAUCAGACGGCCCGUCGCCCGCCAUCACACCCGUCACACCCACCGUCAUGAUGAACCCCAGAGUUGAUGCGGCCGUGUUCGAUCGCUUGAUGGAGGAGGAUGAAGAUGAUGAAGAAACCCUAGACACGUUUGACAUCCAGAUAUCAGUGUCUGACCCUGAGAAAAUGGGUGAUGGCAUGAAUGCAUUUAUGGUUUAUAAAGUGAGCACUAAGACCAGUCUGUCCAUUUUCAACAGCGAUGAGUUCUCCGUCAAGAGACGUUUCAGUGAUUUUCUGGGUUUACACAGUAAAUUAGCCUCCAAGUACCUGCACAUUGGAUACAUUGUUCCUCCCGCUCCAGAGAAAAGCAUUGUGGGAAUGACGAAGGUUAAAGUCGGGAAAGAGGAUUUGUCAUCGGUGGAGUUUGUGGAGAAAAGACGAUCUGCUUUGGAAAGAUAUCUAAUGAGGACGGUCAAACACCCCGCUCUGCUCAAAGAUCCGGACCUUCUGCAGUUUCUGGAGAGUUCAGAGCUGCCGCGAGCGGUUAGCACACAGGCGCUGAGUGGGGCCGGAAUAUUGAGGAUGGUAAACAAAGCGGCCGACGCUGUCAACAAAAUGACAAUCAAGAUGAAUGAAUCGGAUGCGUGGUUUGAGGAGAAACAGCAGCAGUUUGAGAAUCUGGACGUCCAGCUCAGAAAACUUCAUGCUAGUGUAGAAUCGCUGGUGUGUCACCGGAAGGAGUUGUCCGUAAACACGGCGUCUUUUGCCAAGAGCGCGGCCAUGCUGGGAAACUCCGAGGAUCACACGGCGCUGUCGCGAGCGCUCUCUCAGCUGGCGGAGGUGGAGGAGAAGAUCGAUCAGUUACAUCAGGAACAGGCCUAUGCGGAUUUCUAUCACUUCUCUGAGCUUCUGGGAGAUUACGUCCGUCUCCUCACCGCUGUUAAAGGUGUGUUUGACCAGCGGAUGAAGACGUGGGCUAAAUGGCAGGACGCUCAGGUGAUGCUGCAGAGGAAGAGAGAGGCGGAGGCCAAACUUCAGUACGCCAAUAAACCCGACAAACUUCAGCAGGCCAAAGAUGAAAUCAAAGAGUGGGAAGGUAAAGUACAACAGGGGGAAAGAGAUUUCGAGCAGAUCUCAAAAAGCAUCCGGCGUGAGGUGGGCAGAUUUCAGAAAGAUCGAGUGAAGGAUUUUAAACUGGUCAUCCUGAAAUAUCUGGAGUCACUGGUUCAUACCCAACAGCAGCUAAUAAAAUACUGGGAGGCCUUCUUACCUGAAGCCAAAGCUAUCGCAUAAUCACAAAAACCCUAAAGAACGGCUGCACGGACGUCAGGAACACUAGCAUAAUAAAAACAUGAUGAAUCCCCACAGACUUUGGGAUGUUUUAGGAUCACAGAUGAAACAUCACACACGCUUUUACUUUUCACAUCUAUCAUUAUUCCGAUGAAAUGUCACGUAACUCUGAUUUCAAGUGCUGAUGAUCCGACAGGGGACGGCCUUCUGAUUCUUUUCUUUUGCUCUCGAAUGUAUUCAAUGAAAGCAUUAAUCUCACCGUCAGUAUUUAGGAGUAUUAUUAUUAAUCAUCAUCGUCAGGAAUCUGUCAGAUCUGCAUUUCUGUCCUCAGCUUUGCUUCUCAUGUGGACGUAUUUACAUUUGUGUAUUUUUUUUAUUUGCUUUGUAGCCUUAAAUGUUUGGAAAUUGUUUCAUUUCAGUCGAUUCAUUCUCCUAAUAGAUUUUUAUGUAUUUUUUACUCUACGUUCCUGUGCGACAGUAUCUGAGACUUAAUAAAGGACCGAAUGAA